AUGCCGUAUCCCCAGUAUCUGCAAACGUUUCAAGGCGAGAAUUUGGACAUAGUGCACACAAUGUCCAAGGAGGUCCUCGGUGGUCUUAUAAAACCUAGGUAAGCCAGGGCUUUUAGCCACGUUCUCAGUUUAUUUUAAUACUUUACGCGUGUGUUUCCCUCCAAUUUUACACGCGCCAGUUUUCCAUCCUGAUUAAGUCGACAAUAAAUUUGAGGAGCCGUCGAACUUACUUCGAAAGUUGAAGCAGACUUAAGACUGGAGAACUUGCGAAUGGACUCCAGAUCCUCGUAUUCUCCGAGUUUAUAGCUGCAAAAAGGCCAUUUAUGUGUGGACUGAUUGAACGAAGUCAAUCAUUGUCCAUCUAAACUUCGAACUAAGGUAACUAAACUACCAGAAAGUGAUGAGGGUGCAUAGGCGAAUUCAUGACGAUCAGCCAACUAGAGUAAUUCGAGCUGUGUUGACGAAACCCAUUAGACUCCCGCGUGGCCUGCGUUCUGACCACAUUGGCCUCUUAAACAUCACUUCUCUCCUAUUCUACCGCUGACUUUCCAUUGUGUAUCCGAAACCCUAGGCUCAACCCUAUUUUGCAUUCCUCAUUGCAGAGCAUAGGAGAGCUCAGGGUAGGGCACGGUCAUAAGUGCUCCCGUAUUACAGGUCGUUUUGUGCUAAAUUUCGGUUCAGGCUUGUGGCUAGGGUUGGGAUUAUGUUUUUAUUUAUGUAAGAGCUCUUGGGAAGAGCACGAACCUUGAUCUUGUGCAUCGCCGACAUCCCCUAGCCGGUCAUCUGGUGCAUGUUAGGCGUGUGGGAUGCCGACUUCUUAAUUGUGCCCAGCAAAAAAAUCCACUCUUAGCUAUUUACUGUGAUAAUACGUGUGCAGUGAUGCGCAUCGUCCAAUUCGGAAUGACUGUAAUCCCUGCCAUUCUUCCCGAAACUUUGUUGAUGCUGCGGAUAGAGGACCGUUGACGUUUUUAUGUUAUUUUUUCCAUCAAAAAGACCAAUUGCUUGACUCACAAGCGCGUAUACCUCGUCGCCAGCCUAACUAACUGUCAGCACGUGUAUGCGCUUUGUACAAACUAGAAACAAAACGCAAGUAUUGAAGCCAGAUAAAGUUGCUCAGGCGCCGUCAGUCUCAUUUACUACAUAGACUGAUGACUCAGACGGUGUUGCGAUCACGGCUGGUUGUGUUGCUACGUCUGUUCUGCAGGCAUCUCGAGCGCACACGAGCUCUCUCCCCCGGCAUACACGCUCAUAGGAGACACACGUUUACGUCUUUUGAGUGGAUGGAGCACGUGCACAUCCAGCUCUGUCACUCGGAUACAACCACGUGCAUUCAUACAUUCAGCAGCCAUCCAGCCUAUUCCCAAAGCUGGCAUUGACUCACUCUCAUGUGAGACCUGCCUAAGCAUUCGAGCCCCACUCUCAUCCUAGCUGGGGGAAACGCGCGCACUGACUUAGGACCGGAUGCCUUCAGGCCUCUGUACCGGGUAAACACCUCCUGCUGGUGUCUCCCCCAUUCGCAGCCUAAACAGAACUGAGGCCUUGGAUUGUGAUAGUUAGGGUGUGCCCAUCAAGUUAAUUUUUUUUCAGUUCCUCUUAGGUUCCUCAUACAGGGCUAGAUCUUGCCAACCCCCUAACUUAUUCACCCUAACAUUCUCAUCUGUGAGGUGGAUAUGUGGAAUCAGGAUCCGAAAUUUCGGUUUCAUUUCAAGCGCGGAAAAAAUGCCAUCAGCUGCAUUUUAUGGCGAAUAUUUAGUAGCCGCUGUACCGGCGCCUAGGAUUGCGGAUCCCUUCAUUCAUUGCCACUGUUGUGUGUUGUCUGAAAAUUCCUGUUGACGCAUUUCGACAGACACCCUUCUUUCUGCCGACACCAGCCGCCCUGUUUGCGCAUGGACCCGUUUAAAUCAACAGACCUACAGCGGCCGGCCUUUAAGCACUAGUCAGCUAAUAGGGUUCCGCUGACCACGAUGCUGCAGUCUAGGAAUGUAGUAAGCUGCCACGUUAACCACCCCUAUGGGCACUGGUGUGGCCACAUACCCUUUCACUGACUCAAAGCCAUUCAGUACACCAGCUCGCCGAGCACUUGGACCUGCCCACCUCCUCUCCAGAAGGUACGGGAUAGACGGUAGUUUUGUUGAUGGGAAGGUUUCCUGCACCGACGCUCUAUAAACACGGUCCCCAAUCCUGGAGGUGAGUACCCCAUGCCAAAUUUGUCUGAAUCAGGAUUUACUGACCGCUUCAGUCAGGGGGGGGGUGGUGUGGCUCUUGGAUUACAAGUUAGUAUCCCGCACCGCCGAUAGAACCGAGGGUGUUACUGCUGUCCACUGAUAAUCAGACAGUUGACUGCCGUGAUGGUGGCUGUAGUUGCGCCCUGCAGUCCAGACGAAAUGAAACACUCGUUUGCGGAGGAUUUGGUGCCAACGCGAACCUUCAAGUCCCAACUGACAGAAUAACAGCACAAAGCAGGGAUUUGGCUGCACACCCUUGGACUGUUCCUUGAAGAUAUCAGCCUAAUCAGUUGUUAUGCUUAUUUCCCCAGACUUGCAUAUAUCACCUCAUAACUUUGAUAGAGACCGAUCAUGCAAGAAAGUCUCCAUUUUUUCACAAGAUGCACCAAGAACGGACAUAAUAAAGUGACGACAACAACUACUCAUUUUCCUCCAACUUUCUGGUUUAUUUCAGUCUACGUAGGUGACAGCCGUUUCACCUGUGCAAAAAAGUCAGGGAGUGAGUAAUGGAAAAAAGAAAGAGGUUCUUCGGAAAAGGUCGUCUUGUAUUCGUGACUUUUUAAAUUACUGACACCAGCCCGUCGUCAGACGAAAUGAAGAUAAAAGAGACAGUCACCCCAGAAUAGUUGGCGCGCGGGAUAGACUGACGUGAGGACAAUUAGCGUGUGAGAGAGUGGUUGUGGGCAGAGGGCCACGAUGGGUUCUGAGCCGAGAGGAGAGGAUGGGGGAGGAAGAGAACAGUUACGGCUCUCCGUGUUGAGGGGGGAGGAAGAAUGGUAGGUUAGUGGAACUGUGGGCGGCUGGAUUAUCAAUCAGUAAUAUGGGCCCGUUGCCUACGAAGGGUCACUCUCACGACCUUACCUCCAUUUCUCUAGUCACCUUACUCAACGUGACGACGUCCCAUGCUACUCCCUACUACGAAGUCAGGAGUUGGUUAAAUGCAUAAACCCCUAAGAUCAACUCCUGGUUUCGACCACAUUUCGUGUCAGGAAGUUUUAUUGCCGGAGAUGGUGAUUUGCGCAACAAGUCAAAGCGUUCCCUCACGAAUCUAUUUAUCCGAUCAUGCGCUCUUUUUGUUAUUCAAAUGUAAUCCAGCACCGUUGUCCGUGAAAGACGAUAUUCGGACACUUGCAUAGCUUGACACCCGCCCCAAGUAUACCUUUGUAUAUUUGAUAAAUUGAUCGAAUGCCAAUCCGUACCCCCUAGAACGCCUCAAUUCACUUCCUCCUUGCCAAGAUCAUUGUACCUCAAACCUUGUGUAUUUCAUAAAGUCACAUAUCUUUUCUGGUCCACAAGGCAAAACCACUAACUGUGGUUGAUGUGUUACCGAGAAAUACUUUGCGCUGUAGCCAGCAAAUGCCUUUACUACGUUUAGGUUCCAGACCUUCACACCGAUCCAUGCAUCCCCUACAAAACUUAUUGUUUUAAGGUACGUCUCUUUUUAGGGACUUUGUGCUACUUCGCGUGUGGGGAGAAUCCAAUGGCAUCCUCUACAUUGCAUCUACCUCAGUUCUGCAUCCUAAGUGCCCGCCUCGCCCAGAAUGCAUACGGUGA